AUGUCUGGCAAAGAGAACAGCGCACCGGUUUGCGUCGAUGACCAACGAGCCGAGGUUUGCCUAUUUUUCCGUCAAUCGUUUCCAAAAAUCGAUGCAAUUUAAGGUGAUCUCACUAACUGACGAAAGCAAGCCACAGGCCAAUGAUGAAAAUGGGUUAGCAUGAGGAAUUGACUGAUUAUCAUAAAAAUAUAUCGUUUUCAGCUGGACACUCGACGAUUUCGAUGUCGGACGACCACUCGGUAAAGGCAAGUUUGGCAAUGUGUUUAUUUCCCGCGAAAAGAGAACGAGACGGAUCAUCGCUCUGAAGUUCUCUUCAAAAGUCAGCUUCUGUCUCUGGGAGUCAGUCAUCAACUGAAGCGAGAGAUAGAGAUUCAGUACCAUCUGCGGUAUGCCACUUCGCCGCCACUUCAGUCGAUAUAUCUUUCUUUUUCAGUCACGCGAAUAUUCUAACGCUUUACGGAUACUUCCACGACGAUAAGCGUGUGUUCGUGAUGCUCGACUACGCCAGCCGCGGAGAGCUGUUCAAUGUGCUCCAAGCGCAACCCGGACACAAGAUUUCCGAGGUCAUUGCAGCCAGGUGAGUGUGGUGGAUAGAAUCAAUAUUCGAAAAAAUCAAUACGUCGUUCAGAUUUGUGCGUCAACUCGCCAACGCUUUGAAAUACUGCCACUCGAAAGGAGUCAUUCACAGAGAUAUCAAGCCAGAGAACCUGUUGCUUGAUGGAAAACUCAAUCUGAAGGUACGUGUUUAGAUGCAUCCAAUUACGAUAGACGCAGUUAUCCCCACUGAAACGUUCGAAGUUUCGGUAGCCUUUUGGAGUCGCCAAAUUCGGAAGGUGCUGGAAACUGCAAUAUGAGCAAUGCUCGAGAUGCGUGUGCUGGUUUGCCUCAAUGCGAUCUGGUUCCUUUUCUCCUCGACACAAUUUUCCAAUUUUCAGCUCGCUGACUUCGGCUGGUCCGUCGUCGCCGAUCACUCGAAACGACAUACUCUCUGCGGAACGAUGGACUAUCUGGCUCCGGAGAUGGUCUCCAAUCAGCCGCACGACUUCGCCGUCGACAUUUGGGCCAUCGGAAUUCUGCUCUACGAAAUGCUCGUCGGAUACGCGCCAUUUGCUCACCAGACCGGCGACAAGCUGAUAGCCAGAAUCAAAGAGUGCAGGAUCUACGUCAGUGAUUGGGGAAUAGGGGAAUACAGGGUUCAGCAAAGCAACUAUGAACGCAGUUCUCCCCACUGAAACAUAGUUUCGGUAGCCUUCUGGAAUAACCAAGUUCGGAAGGUGCUGGAGACUGCAAUAUGAAAAUAUCUCGAGAUGCGUGUGCCGGUUUGCUUUCAAUGCGAUCUGGUUCCUUUUCUCCUCGGGACAAUUCACCGCACUCUUCCUCUCUCCCACUUUCUUUUUUUCCCGUUCAACCUUCUCUGUUUUGCAGAUUCCCUCGUGUGUGAGUGACGGAGCAAGCCAUCUGAUAAAGGCAAUAAUCAAGAAAGAGCCACACGAGCGACUUCCGUUGGCUGAAAUCAUGGUUCACUUCUGGAUCAAGGAGAAGGAGCCGCUCGAGGAAGUGGAAGUGCAGCAGUUCCUCGCCUCGCUCUCCAAGUCAUCGUCUCGUCAUGGAUCGUCGUCGAGUGCCCAAUAA